AUGAGGCUGAGCUGCAACGGCUGCCGCGUCCUCCGCAAGGGCUGCAGCGACGCCUGCACCAUCCGCCCCUGCCUGCAGUGGAUCAAGUCCUCCGACGCGCAGGCCAACGCCACCGUCUUCCUCGCCAAGUUCUACGGCCGCGCGGGCCUCCUCAACCUCAUCGCCGCCGCGCCCACCGACGCGCUCCGCCCCGCCGUCUUCCGCUCCCUCCUCUACGAGGCCUGCGGCCGGAUCGUCAACCCCGUCUACGGCGCCGUCGGGCUCCUCUGGUCGGGCACCUGGCACAUGUGCCAGGACGCAGUCGAGGCCGUCCUCAAGGGCGCGCCCAUCGUCCAGGUCUCUGCCGACGACGCCGCCGCUGCUGCUGGGCCACCCAUUAAUGCUGCUGCUGCUGCUGCGGCGGCGGCGGCGGCUUACGACAUCCGACACGUCUUCCCCAAGUCCUCCUCUUCCAACAAGCAGUCUCAUGCUGCUGCUGGUGCACCUCCACCACCAGCGGCAGUGGACGACGCCGCCGCUGCCCAAAGCAGAGACGACAAGGACAAACACACGGGCAGGGGGCUUCUCCGUAAGGUGUCCAAGCCCCAGUUCAAGCGCACAUCCUCAUCGCCUUCACCGUUGAAGAAAACCAAGACGACGACCCAAAACAAGCAGCCGCACCUUGCUGCUUUGCCGGCCACGGAGUACCACAACGACGACAUGCUGGUGGCAGACCAUAGCGAUGAAGAGCAACAACAUGCCGCCGUUCGUGAUCAGGUGACCAACAGCAACGCCAAGAGCCGCCGCGCCUCGUCCGACGACUGCGACCGCCACUCAGCGUCCGCGUCUCUGGACACCCACGACACCGAGGCGGCCGCCUCUCACGUCAGCCAGGCUGUGGCGGAAGCGGAGCCGCAACAAGACGACCAGCAAGCAGAGGCAGAGCAGCAGCCGCCGUCGAUGGGCCUCGACCUCACGCUCGGAUUGUUAACGUCGUCCGCGCCGCCGCCAAUGGACCUGCUGACGCCCGCCGGCUGCAGACUGCAGGGAGGAGGCUCGAGCGCGGCCGUCGAUGAGCCCGCCGGUAUCAUCGGCUUCCGCUUCCUGUAG